CGCCCUUUUCCCUCCUGGUCCACGAUGCCGCCGCGAUCGAAACCUCAUCGAUGGCGGCGCGCCGGCUCCGGGGAUGCUCCGGCGGUGGUUGGAGGGUCCUCACCCUCGCCAUGGCAGCGGUGGCUACUGCCAUAGUAGCCGUUCUUCGCCUGGUACUCUCUGCUCCGCUCCCAAUUACCUCCCUUUCCGACUCCAGCUUAUCCCCCGUUCCUGGUGCCGUUCCCAAUGUCUCCUUAGCCCUAGGUCUUGCUCCUCGUCCGAUUUCCUCUGAUCCCCCAUUGAAUUUCGCUUUUGCUACUCCGGUGGCCUCGCCGCCGCCGCCUGUUCUUGUUCAUCUGCCUUCUGGGGAUGUGAAUUCUGGCUCUGCGUACUCAGUGGUGAAGGUUGAUUCCAGUGAUCAAAAGCCACGGCUUGUGGAACCAAAGGAGCCUGUUCAGUUAUUGACAAAAGAUCGAGAGCUUAUUUAUGCGAAGAGGGAAAUCGGCCGAGCGCCUCUUGUUUCCGAUGAUCCUGAGCUCUAUGCGCCGCUCUUUCGGAACUUGUCUGUCUUCAAGAGGAGCUAUGAGCUGAUGGAAAAAAUACUUAAAGUUUACAUCUACCAGGAAGGGACAAGGCCUAUUUUCCACCAACCGGAUCUUAAAGGCAUUUAUGCUUCAGAGGGCUGGUUUAUGAAAUUGAUGGAGGUAAACAAGCAUUAUGCGGUGAAGGAUCCUCGUAAGGCUCACUUAUUUUAUCUGCCAUAUGGUUCACGCCAGCUUGAGCUUGCUCUUUACGUGCCUGACUCGCAUCGUAUGAAACCGCUGUCCCUCUUUCUGAAGAACUAUGUGAAUAUGAUUGCGGCAAAAUACCCUUUCUGGAAUCGGACAAAAGGAUCUGAUCAUUUUCUAGUUGCUUGCCAUGAUUGGGGACCUUAUACAACAAAAGAACAUAAUGAGCUUUGGAAAAACACUAUUAAAGCCCUGUGCAAUGCGGAUGUAUCUGAAGAUGUAUUCAUUCGAGGAAAGGAUGUGUCCCUCCCAGAAACAAAUAUCAGAAAUCCUAGGCGGCCGCUGAGAGACAUUGGAGGAAAUCCAGUCUCCCAGAGAUCUAUCCUUGCAUUCUUCGCAGGUAACAUGCAUGGCAGGGUGAGACCUGUCCUUCUCAAAUAUUGGGGAGGCAAAGAUGAAGAUAUGAAAAUUUACGGCCCGCUCCCAAACAGGGUGGCUAAAAAGAUGUCUUAUGCUCAACACAUGAAGUCAAGCAAGUUCUGCAUUUGCCCUAUGGGUUUUGAAGUUAACAGCCCGAGAAUUGUCGAGGCAAUCUAUUAUGAAUGUGUUCCAGUAAUAAUAGCCGAUCAUUUUGUUCCUCCUUUUGAUGAAGUGCUGGAUUGGAGCGCAUUCUCUGUGAUCGUAGCCGAGAAUGAUAUACCAAAUUUGAAGGACAUAUUGUUGGGUAUUCCUCUCAGAAAAUAUAUUUCCAUGCAGACAAAUGUAAAGAGAUUGCAGAAACACUUUAUGUGGCAUGCCAGGCCAGUGAAGUAUGAUCUCUUCCACAUGAUUCUUCACUCCAUAUGGUUUAAUCGGUUGAACCAGAUCGAAGCUCCGCCAGUGGAUGUUUGAUCCUCUCCACAACUUUUUCGAUCAAAUACUGAAUCACUUUCAAAGCUUUGUUUAUAUGUCAUUGCCAUCUUCAGUAUCGACGACGGAACUAAUUCUUGCUGAUGCAAAUACAGACCACAGGGCAGGUAUAAGGCAAUCCUUUU